AUGACCUCCGCGUUCCCACCCCCCGAGCUCCGGGAAAUCGUCCAGGAAGUAGCCUCGCUCCUUAAAGAACGCAAAGAGACCAUCUCAGUCGCCGAAACAGCAGCAGGCGGCCUCAUCUCCGCAACCCUCCUCUCCGUCCCCGGCGCCUCCUCCAUCUACCGCGGCGGCCUCACCCUCUACACCCUCGAAUCCCGCGUCGCCUUCGCCGGCUGGAAGCCAUCCGACAUCGAGUCCUACUCCGGCCCAACAACGGACAUCGUGAAGGGUCUGGCAGAGCACACGCGCAAAACACUCGGCAGCAAUUGGACAGUCAGCGAAAGCGGGACGGCGGGGCCUGGGGGCGGGGUCAAGGGGACGAAGAGGUACCGCGAUCCAGGGUUUGUGGCGUUGGCUGUGGCGGGGGAGAAGGGGACGGAGGUUCGGGAGUUGGUUACGGGGUUAGGUGGGGAUCGGGAGGGGAAUAUGGUGCAAUUUGCGGUCGAGGCGUUGAAGUUGGUUAGGGAUACUAUCAAGGGCGAGGGAAAGCUGUAG